AUGAAUAUCGCUAUCGAUGAGUAUGGACAACCGUUUGUAAUUCUGAAGGAAGAAGAAAAAAAAAGGAUUAAAGGAAUCGAAGCGCACAAGAGUAACAUCCUAGCAGCAAAGGUAGUUGCUGAUAUUUUGAAAAGUUCAAUUGGACCUAGAGGUAUGGAUAAAAUUAUUGUUAGUGAAGACAACAAUGUGACAGUAACAAACGAUGGAGCGACAAUAUUAGAAAAAAUAGAUGUGCAACAUGAAUGUGCAAAAUUAUUAGUAGAAUUGUCAAAGAGUCAAGAUAACGAAAUUGGAGAUGGAACCACAGGGGUUGUUAUUAUUGCAGGAGUUUUACUAGAAGAAGCAUAUGCCUUAAUAGAUAAAGGUAUACAUCCAUUACGAAUUGCUGAUGGAUUUGAAAAUGCUUGCAAUAUAGCAUUAAAAGUUAUUGAAGAGAUAGCUAUAACUGUUGAUAUUGAAGAAAAGAAUCAUGAAAUUUUGAAAAAAUUGGCUAGCACAUCACUCAGUUCAAAAAUUGUUUCUAGCAAAAAGGAUCUAUUAUCAAAUAUUGUUGUAGAUGCAGUUCUCUCCGUUGCAGAUAUGAAAAGAAAGGAUGUUCGAUUUGAUUUAAUAAAAAUUGAAGGGAAAACAGGGGGUCUCUUAGAAGAAUCAACUCUUAUCAAAGGAAUUGUUUUGAAUAAAGAAUUAUCUCAUUCACAAAUGUGUAAAGAAGUGAAAAAUGCAAAAAUAGCCAUUUUAACAUGCCCAUUUGAACCACCCAAACCAAAAAUAAAACAUAAAUUAAAUAUAACCAAUGUAGAUGCAUAUAAGGAUUUACAAAAUAUUGAAAAAAAAUAUUUCUAUGAUAUGAUAGAUUCUUUGAAAAAAGCAGGAGCCAACUUUGUCAUAUGCCAAUGGGGAUUUGAUGAUGAAGCGAAUUAUUUAUUACUCAAAGAAAACAUACCUGCUAUUAGAUGGGUUGGAGGAGUUGAAAUGGAGUUAAUAGCCAUUGCAACAGGUGGGAAAAUUAUCCCAAGAUUUGAAGAUAUUCAUGAAUCAAAAUUAGGAAAAGCAGAAUUGAUAAGAGAAAUUACCCACGGAACUGUCAAUAAUCCCAUGGUCUUUAUUGAAGGAUGUUCCAAUACAAAAGCAAUUACUAUUUUGCUAAGAGGUGGAAAUCAAAUGAUGAUUGAAGAGUGUGAAAGAAGUGUACAUGAUGCACUCUGUUCUGUCAGAAAUCUAAUUAGAGAUAAUCGUAUACUACCAGGUGGAGGGGCAAGUGAAAUUUAUGCUGCACUCGAGAUUGAAAAUGUUGCGGAUAAAUGUAAGGGGAUAGAACAAUAUGCCAUUAGAGCCUUUGGAAAUGCUCUCCUUUCUAUACCUAUAAAUUUAUGCAAUAAUAUGGGUCUUAACAGUAUCGAUAUAAUCUCAGAAAUUAAAACCAAGAUUAUUCAAGAUAAAAAAAAAAACUUAGGAAUUGAUAGCCUCAAUUACAGGGUUGAUGACAUGAUAGAGAAGGGAAUUUUCGAAACAUUUAAUUCCAAGUACAAUCAAUUCUCUCUAGCUACACAGGUCGUCAAAAUGAUACUUAAAAUUGACGACGUCAUUGCACCGAAUGACUUUAACUAG